ACCCCCGCUUCCGCCCGGGGCCGGCGCAUCUGUCUGACGUCCCAAAUGCGCCAUUUCACUGUGUGCUCAGGUAGCACCACCCCCUCGGCCGUCCACGGGCGCGUAGGAGCGACCGGUCUCUCGGCGCCGGAAAUCCGGGACACGUGACCAGGUGACAGCCUUCGCUCGCUGGCGGGGCUCGCUUGCGGUGCUGCGGCACGGGAUGGCGGAGGCGCCUCCGGUCUCAGGCACUUUUAAAUUCAAUACAGAUGCUGCUGAGUUCAUUCCUCAGGAGAGAAAAACGUCUGGUCUAAAUUGUGGGACCCAAAGAAGACUAGAUUCUAGUAGGAUUGGCAGAAGAAAUUAUAGUUCCUCGCCUCCAUGUCACCUUCCUAGACAAAUCCCUUAUGAAGACAUCUCUGCUGUUCAUCAGCACAGUUAUGCCUCUGGAAGCAAACCUAAGACUCCCCAGGGUUUUUUCCAGUCGUCUAAUAAAUCACUCAAGAACCAUGGCCUUCAGAAUCAGCCAUGGCAGAAAUCAAGGAAUGAAAAGCACCAACACAGAAAUAAGAAAGCACAAGGGCUCACUGAGCAGACGUCAGAUACGUCUAGUCUAGAAAGUGUAGCCAGAUCAGAGAGUGGAACAAACCCCAGAGAACACAGCCCUUCCGAGAGUGAGAAGGAGGUGGUUAUUGCAGACCCCAGGGGAGCGAAACCCAAAAAGGCAGCACAGCUUACAUACAACUAUGGCAGAGGACCAAAGGCCAAAGGGAGACUCAGAAGCGAGUGGGGUAAUAGAAUGAGCCCAAAGUCUGAGGACGAAAAUACCAGAUCUGUGGCGAUUUCCCACACUGACUCUUCAGAUGCCUCCUGUAGAAAACCUGCAAUGGAUCCAUGUGUGUGCAGGCGGAAUGAGCAGAGAAGAUAUCCCCAGAAAAGGCCUCCCUGGGAAGUGGAAGGGGCCAGACCACGGCCAGGCAGGAACCCACCAAAACAGGAAAGUCAGCGGCAUAUAAAUGCAGGGCCCAAAAACAGCAUGUCCCCCAUUCCAAAGGAUAAUCUGAGAGAAAGACCAAGGAAGUCAGCCUGUGACACUGGGAAUUUGGCAGUUGUCAGCAAGUCUUCCAGAAGGGUUGACCAAGAGAAAACUACUGUAAGGAGACAGGAUCCCCAAGUGCUAUCUCCUCUCCCCAGAGGCAAACAGAACCAUAUGCUGAAGAAUGUGGAAACACAUACAGGUUCCCUGAUUGAACAGCUAACCACAGAAAAGUACGAGUGUAUGGUGUGCUGUGAGUUGGUUCAGGUCACAGCCCCGGUGUGGAGCUGUCAGAGCUGUUUUCAUGUCUUUCAUCUGAACUGCAUCAAGAAAUGGGCACGCUCUCCAGCAUCGCAUGCAGAUGGCCAGAGCGGUUGGAGGUGUCCUGCUUGUCAGAAUGUUUCUGCACAUGUUCCUAAUACCUAUACUUGUUUCUGUGGCAAAGUAAAGAAUCCUGAAUGGAGCAGAAAUGAAAUUCCACAUAGUUGUGGUGAGGUUUGUAGAAAGAAACAGCCUGGCCAGGACUGUCCACAUUCCUGUAACCUUCUCUGCCAUCCUGGACCCUGCCCACCCUGCCCUGCUUUUACAACUAAAACAUGUGAAUGUGGACGGACCAGGCACACGGUUCGCUGUGGUCAGCCUGUCUCAGUCCACUGUUCUAAUGCAUGUGAGAAUAUUUUGAACUGUGGUCAGCACCACUGUGCUGAGCUGUGCCAUGGGGGUCAAUGCCAGCCUUGUCGGAUCAUACUAAACCAGGUGUGCUACUGUGGCAGCACCUCCCGAGAUGUGUUGUGUGGAACCGAUGUGGGAAAGUCUGAUGGAUUUGGGGACUUCAGCUGUUUAAAGAUAUGUGGCAAGGACUUGAAGUGUGGGAGCCAUACCUGUUCUCAGGUUUGCCACCCUCAGCCCUGUCAGCCUUGCCCACGGCUCCCCCAUUUGGUGCGAUACUGCCCUUGUGGCCAAACACCGCUCAGCCAGUUGCUGGAGCAUGGAAGUAAUGCUCGGAAAACAUGCAUGGAUCCUGUCCCUUCCUGUGGAAAAGUGUGUGGCAAACCCUUGUCCUGUGGUUCCUCAGAUUUCAUCCACACCUGUGAAAAGCUCUGCCAUGAAGGAGACUGUGGGCCGUGCUCUCGCACAUCAGUCAUUUCCUGCAGAUGCUCCUUCAGAACAAAGGAGCUUCCGUGUACCAGUCUUAAAAGUGAAGAUGCUACAUUUAUGUGCGACAAACGGUGUAACAAGAAACGAUUGUGCGGGCGACAUAAAUGUAACGAGAUCUGCUGUGUGGACAAGGAGCACAAGUGUCCUUUGAUUUGUGGGAGGAAACUCCGCUGUGGCCUUCAUCGGUGUGAAGAACCUUGUCAUCGAGGGAACUGUCAGACCUGCUGGCAAGCCAGCUUUGAUGAAUUAACCUGCCACUGUGGCGCCUCUGUGAUCUACCCACCAGUUCCCUGUGGGACUAGGCCUCCUGAGUGUACCCAAACCUGUGCCAGGAUCCAUGAAUGUGACCAUCCAGUAUAUCAUUCUUGUCAUAGUGAGGAGAAGUGUCCCCCUUGUACUUUCCUAACUCAGAAGUGGUGCAUGGGCAAGCAUGAGUUACGAAGCAACAUCCCCUGUCACCUGGUUGACAUCUCUUGCGGAUUACCCUGCAGUGCCAUGCUACCCUGUGGGAUGCACAAAUGUCAAAGACUCUGUCACAAAGGAGAAUGUCUUGUGGAUGAGGCCUGCAAGCAGCCCUGUACCACACCCAGAGCUGACUGUGGCCACCCAUGUAUGGCACCCUGCCACCCCAGUUUACCCUGCCCUGUGACCGCUUGUAAAGCCAAGGUGGAGUUACAGUGCGAAUGUGGAAGAAGGAAGGAGAUGAUGAUUUGCUCUGAAGCAUCAGGGACUUAUCAAAGAAUAGCUGCUAUUUCUAUGGCCUCUAAAAUAAUGGACAUGCAGCUUGGAGACUCGGUGGAGAUCAGCAAGUUCAUUACCAAGAAGGAAGUCCAACAAGCCAGGCUGCAGUGUGAUGAGGAGUGUGCUGCCCUGGAAAGGAGAAAGAGAUUGGCAGAGGCCUUCGACAUCACUGACGAUUCUGAUCCUUUCAAUGUACGUUCUUCAGCAUCAAAAUUCAGUGACAGUUUGAAAGACGAUGCCAGGAAAGACUUAAAGUUUGUCAGUGACGUUGAGAAGGAAAUGGAAACGCUCGUGGAGGCCGUGGAUAAGGGCAAGAGUAACAAGAAAAGCCACUGCUUCCCCCCCAUGAACAGAGACCACCGCCGAAUCAUCCAUGACCUGGCCCAGGUUUAUGGCCUGGAGAGCGUAAGCUACGACAGCGAACCAAAGCGCAACGUCGUGGUGACUGCCAUCAGAGGGAAGUCCGUUUGUCCUCCUACCACGCUGACCAGUGUGAUUGAAAGGGAGUCACAGACACGGCCUCCACCACCAAUUCCUCAUCACCGACACCAGGCAGACAAGGCUCCCGGGAGCAGUAAUUUACAGAAGAUACUGAAGGAGCCCGUGAUCGACUACUUUGAUGUCCAGGACUGAGAAGAUAGAUAGAUUUAGAUAGAAGAGUGAUUCUGUGUAGUGGAGGAGACUCAUUUGCCAGCAGAUAAAUCAUGCUCAUUCCUCCUGCCUGGCAGAACCCCAACACACAUGCUGUCUUGUACGGAUACAGCCAAAGCAUGAGUGUGUCAGAACCCCGUCUGCUCCUGUCCACAGACCUCUGGCUGUGUGGCCACUGGAUUUUUAAUCGUGUGUUUGAAGAGGCUUCUCACACAUCACUGUGAUUACUAAGAGAUUGGGGGAAUAUCAGAUUUUAUUUGGAUAAAUCAGAAUUUUUAUUCCAAA